GAACAUGGUUUCGUUUUAUUGUUAUAUUGCCUUAUUGGAUUGGUUCAUUUUAAAGAUUUUUGCUGAAGCUGUUUGAGGARUUGACAACAAGCUCAGAGCUUCAGAACAGAACUGAACAAGAGCAAGUCGUGAUCAUAAAARGUUAAUGUGACAAAGCUCUCGUCGAGAACAAUAAAACCAUCAGUUAUUUAUAUGAGGCUCUGUGGGGACUUGACUCAAAAAAGGCCACUGCUGUAUGUUCAGAAUGAUAUAUUGUUGAGUAACAGAAACAUGUGACAAUAAAGAGAGGCAGAAAACAUGACAGUCAUGAUGACAGAAGUGCAAAAAUGGGAUGAGAACAUUUGUAAUGAGAGCACUUCUUAUUCAGAGUGUCACAUCUGCAGGGAUUUGAUUUCAGCACUGUUUCCAUUUAGUCCGUCUAUUUUUCCAUAAUGAGGCAGGAAAGACCUGCAUGUUAAUAAUAGGUGAGUGCAUAUAAUUAUAGCAAAUCAGAGUGUUUGUUGCCAAACAUUGAUGGAGAGCAUCAUUGUCUGACUCCUUUUAAUCAAACAGGUUAAAUCCAUCAGCAAAUCUGGAUUUUUCUGGCUUUUUUAAAGGGUAUGGAUGAACAAGGAUGAAGGCUUCGUGCUUCUAUAAAAGGCAUCGUUUGAGAUGAUCGUGAUGACGCAGUUUGCUCAGAGUGGGUGUUUAUAAGAGAGGUCUCUCAGCUCCGUUUCAGAGGCUGAUUAGAUUCUGAGAGGCUCUCUUGGUGAAAAGCAAGAGACCAAAAGGGAUGAAUCCUGCUGAUGGCAUCCUGGGCAUGUUCAGCUCCAUCACCGGCCAGCAGCAGCAGCAGCAGCAGCAGCCGGGUUUUACGCACAGCGCAGCUCUGUUCCCGCACCAUAAAGUCUUCAACAUACCCAAAGCUGGUAUGGGCAUCAUCAAAGGUGUCAGAGGGUGCUGGAGGCGGCAGGAUAAGACGGUGGUCCCGCGUCGAUCCUCCAGUUCUGGGGUUCGGCAGGUGCCCGCCGACGGGCUGCAGAAGGUGCCGGCGGAUGUGUCGGAGUUUGGCGCGACCAAACCCACYAACUGCCACAGGAUAGUGGUGCUCGGCGCGCCCAGGGUCGGCAAAACCAACAUCCUCCGGAGGUUUUUAGGGGAAGAGUAUGAGGAGCAGUACGAGCCCACAAUCGAGGACUUCUACAGAAAACUGUUCUACAUCCAAGGGGAGGCGUAUCAGGUGGAUCUCCUGGAUGCUGCGCGGGAGAGAGACUUCCCUGCAAAACGGAGAUUAUCCAUCCUGACAGGUGARAUUUUUCUCCUGGUCUUCAGUUUGGAUGACAGAGACUCUUUGAAUGAAGUCCAUAAACUGCAGAWGGAGAUCCAAGCUGCAAAGGCGAAYAUCCAAAAGCCAGCCCACCCGAUGAGACUGGUGGUGUGCGGCAACAAGGCGGACCUGGAGGCUCAGAGGGUCGUCAGCGGGUCUGAGGUGGGACAGGUGCUCGGUGAGGACGUCCCGUUCUUCGAGACCUCCGCUAAAGACGGCACGGGACUGGAGGACGUGUUCGCGGCUCUCGCCACCCUGGGCGGGCUGCCCGACGAGACCAGCCCGUCUCGGCACCAGAUCGUCUCCAUCCUGGCCUACCAGUCGCUGUGCGUCGGRAGGAGGGGCCGGAGGAGGAGGAGGCACUCGCGCGGACCGGGCGCGCCGUGCGCCGCCUUGGACCCCCUGGCGCGCCGGCCGAGCUUCAGCAGCGACCUGCGGCUCGUGCUUGGARCAAGCACCAAACCCAAGAAACCCGAGGUGUGUCCGAUUCAAUGAACCGUGACGCUUCUCGACAAAACAAAAUUGUGGUAGUAUGCUGCAAUGUCACUUAAUGUCAGGAGUUAUACUCUGCGGCACCUGGCUGGACCGGUGCCUUAUUAAUGUUUUGUGCAUUAAACUGUAUCAUAAACUCUUUUAAUAAAACAUGUUUUUAUUGGUCAUGUUUGCUUCGUCAUCACAGCUUAACAUAUUGUUAGCAAAAUAUCCCARGAACUAAUGAACAGAUUUUAUUAAAACUGUCAAGAAGUCAUCAAUAGGUUGACAUCUACAACUGAUUAACUUUUACAGUCAACUCGAUUAAUCGUGGCCGACACAACAAAGCGAUUUUACUAAACACAUAAAUGAUAAUAACUCUGUUAAUUUUACAGAUAUUAAUAUGAAAUUUGGUGUGGUAGUAGCUGAGACUGAUCCUCGGCUUAUAUUUUGAGUCAUACCCGAUCAUGCAAGAUUUGUGUCUAAAACUAUGACAUCAACUAAAAUAGUUAAUUUUGUUAUCUGUUAACAAAAUAUCUCGGGAGGCACUGGACGGAUUUUGAUGAAACUUUCAGAAAAUAAUCAACAGAUGUACCUCUACAACUGAUUAACUUUUACAGUCAACUCGAUUAAUCGUGGCCGACACAACAAAGCCACCCUACUAAACACAUGCAUGAUAAUAACUGUCAGUUUUAGAUAUUAAUUUGUAAUUUGGUGUGGUAGUACAGUAGCUGAGACUGAUCCUCGGCCUAUAUUUUGAGUGAUACCCGAUCGUGCAAGAUUUGUGUCUAAAACUAUAACAUCAACUAAUAUAGUCAACUCUGUUAUCUGUUAACAAAAUAUCUCGUGAGCCACUGGACGGAUUUUGAUGAAACUUUCAGAAAACAAUCAUUAGUUGUAUCUCUACAACCGGUUAACUUUUAAAGCUAAUCCAAAUUAAGAUGUCCUCCAGAGACAACCGAUACUAGAAACCACAAAAAUGCCUUUAAAACAGUCAGUUCUACAAAAAAUGAGCUGAAAUCCGGUGUGGUGGUAGCUGAGAGUCAUUCUCAAAAUAUAUACUGAGAUUUUUACCAAAUAGACCACAACUCUAUAAUUUCUCAUGGCGCGAAAGGCGGCGGGCGAUUUGCAUUCCUUCAAACUGAAACUGGGACAAAAAUAGCUACGGACGUAAGCUGGUUGUUGGGUGAUGAUAUAAGUAUGUGAUGGAGGAGGGAUGAGUCAAACAUUGACCUUAAGCGUCUCCAAAGCGCAGUGCUGAUCGGUCACAUUGUUCAGAGGAUUACGCACGAUGCAGAGGAUCAACCAUGAAGCCCUCCUACUGUCCGAUGUGUGAGACAAUGCUGGUUAAUCACACUUCUAAAUCAUACUACUGUAUAUGCAGGGGAAAAAAGCCUCUCAGCAUCAUUUAUGUAAGAGAAGGCGGCAGGUGGGGAGUCGUGCUGAGAUCAGCACCAUGGACAGCUCAUGGCUCUGUUGCUUCUUCAGAGGCUCUGAUCRAUGUCACAUUUAGCAGAGCUAAUGGCACAAUAGAACAUUUUUCUUUCUCUGUAGAGCACAUUUUGUCUGAAGAAACGUUUUACAAGCAGCAGAACAAAAGGAUUAAAAAAAAUGCAACCCUAAUCUUUGAAAACAUCUGUUCUAAAAGGAUGUCUCGAGUCCUCAGAUCCACAUUCUUUUUUUUUCAGCACCUAAAGUUAAUGACCUUGGAUUAUAUACAUUGUUUCUGAAACAAGCUCUAUGUUUCACAAGUUUAUUCAGUAAAGUGRGAGACG